AUGCCUGCAGCGGGCCACCUCAGGGGCGGCAGGAGAGGUCGCUCGCCUCGGUGGCUAGAAAUCGCCCUUGACUCCGAGCCCCAAGGAGGGAAGCACGUCUGCGGCUUACCUGGGAGAUGCUCCCCCGCCUGCCCAGGAGGCGAGAUCUGCCCCGCCGGCUCCCCCCACUCCCAACUCCGCUCCUCGCGGACCCUCCCGGGCGCCAAUCGCAGCCGUUUCGGGCCCCACUUUGAAUACCAAGCGGCGACGUCAUCUGCGAAGGGCCGAACCGGCUUCCGAGGACAACCACCACAACGUGCCCCGGGGGAACAGGCGCUCGAAGCUGGCCGCCUAGGAAGCCAGGGGGCGGCGGGGGGAAAGGGGGCCGAAGGCUGCCGGCUGCCCUGUCCGAACCUAGUCGAAACGCGCCGGGAGAGCGAGGAGCCCGGAUCCCGGGCAGCGCCCUCGGACAGGCGGCCUCCCCUUCCAGGCGACGGAAAGGAGGGGGAGAAAGCCAAAGCCGGCCAGGAGGCGCAGCCACCGGGGGGCUCCGCGGACGCGCUGGCUUGGCUAGAGGCCGCGCUAGUUGCCGCCGCCGCCGUGGGACUCCUGCUGGCCGCGGCCCGCCACCUCUGGGCCCUCCGCUGGAGCCUGAGCCGGGACCGCGCCAGCGCCCUGCCGCUGCCCAAGGGCUCCAUGGGGUGGCCCUUCUUCGGGGAGACGCUGCACUGGCUGAUCCAGGGUUCCCGCUUCCACAGCUCCCGGAGGCAGCGCUACGGCGCCGUGUUCAAGACGCACCUGCUGGGCAAGCCGGUGGUCCGCGUGAGCGGCGCCGAGAACGUGCGCAAGAUCCUGCUGGGCGAGCACAGCCUGGUGAGCGCCCAGUGGCCGCUCAGCACCCAGAUCCUGCUGGGCUCGCACACGCUCCUCAACGCCCGCGCCGAGACGCACCGGCAGAGGAGGAAGGUCCUGGCCCGCGUCUUCAGCCGCGCCGCCCUGGAGACCUACCUGCCCCGAAUCCAGCGCCUGGUGAGCUGGGAGCUGCGCGGCUGGUGCCGCGGCCCGGGGCCCAUCGCUGUCUACGCUUCGGCCAAGGCCUUGACCUUCCGCAUCGCUGUACGCAUCCUGCUGGGGCUCCAGCUGGAGGAGGAGCAGUUCGAGGAGCUGGCCGGGGCCUUCGAGCAGCUGGUGGAGAACCUCUUCUGCUUGCCGCUGAACGUCCCCUUCAGCGGACUGAGGAAGGGAAUAAAGGCUCGUGAUCUUCUACAUACUUACAUGGAGAAAGCCAUCCUGGAAAAACUGCAGAGGAAGGAUCCUGAAGCUUGUCGUGAUGCCCUGGAUUUUAUCAUCAACAGCGCCAAGGAUAACGGCAAAGAUUUCACCAUGCAGGAAUUGAAGGAGUCUGCAAUUGAACUAAUAUUCGCAGCUUUCUUCACCACGGCCAGCGCUACUACUUCUAUGAUCUUACUCUUGUUGAAACACCCGCUGGUCAUAAAAAAGAUCCAGCAGGAACUGGCCUCCCAUGGCCUUACUGGACUGUAUCAGUGCUUUGCUGCUGAGGAUUCUCUGACAAAAUACCAGUCUGCCCAAAAGACUUUACUUGCACAUGAAAAGGAAAACAAGGAUAGCGACUACAAACUGCCUCUUCCGUCCAGAUUGGGAAGAGAACAAGGCAGAGAGACCAAGGGGGAAGAGAAAGGACCUAAUAUAGACAUCAUGGCUAAAGAGGCCCAGGAAACUGUCCAUGGAACUACAAAUGGCCCUGGCUCACAGUCCAGGCUGGAAGAAACAGGCCGGUUCCCUAGCAGUCUGGAAAGAUCUGAGUAUUGUUGCCACGCUUACCUGACCCUGGAGAAGAUGAACCGUCUGCGCUACUUGGAUUGUGUCAUUAAAGAAGUUCUCCGUUUGCUGCCCCCAGUAUCUGGAGGGUAUAGGACAGCCUUACAAACCUUUGAGCUAGAUGGCUACCAGAUUCCAAAGGGUUGGAGUGUGAUGUACAGUAUUCGGGAUACACAUGAGACUGCCAGCAUCUACCAGAGUCCCCCAGACACCUUUGAUCCGGAGAGGUUUUGCGUAUCACAGGAAGACCGGGAGAAGCAAAAAACCUCUGCCUCCCUCCGGUUUCACUACAUUCCUUUUGGUGGUGGAGUCCGAAAUUGCAUAGGCAAAGAACUGGCCCAGGCAAUUCUCAAGGUUCUCGCCAUUGAAUUGGUCAGCACAGCCCACUGGGAACUGGCCACAGCUCAUUUCCCAAAGAUGCAGACUGUGCCAAUUGUGCACCCUGUGGAUGGUCUUCAACUCUAUUUCCAUUCUCUGAAGGCUGGCCAUGAAAGCAGUGGAGCAAGCAAGGCCAGCACCUGAAUGCAUAGACAUCUCAGUUAGAUCUCUAGCUUAGAAGUAGAAUAGGACAGGCCUCUGGGGCAAAACAUCACUUCCUUUUUGGCUGCUCUUUGGCAGACUGCACAAGCCCCUCCUACCUGCCUCUUGGUUGUAGGGAAGAAGAAAGGAUGAACUCCCUGCACUCUUCCUUAAAGGCCUGUGCAUUUCUUAGCAUCUAUUCUUUGCACAUAUAUGCAUUGGUCAUUCUUCUGCCAUCUUUAGUUGCACUUUUUGUUUUGUAUAUGUACAUUACCACUUUGUCUUGUGGUUAAGAGAAGUCAUACUCCAAAGAUAAAUGUCUUGAAAGUUGUGGUGGAAGCAUUGAUGUUAGUUUUGCAUGAGGGCUAAGUAUAUGUAGCUCAAGCAAGCAUAAAUUGAGGUUCAGCUGGGAUGCAGUGGACAUUCUGGGAUUCCUAGAUCUAAUCUGCCCCAUGAAGAUUCUUCAGGACUCCUCACAGCUUCUGAAAGAGACUGCUGUUCUGCUGCUUCCUUACAAGACGGCUGUGCUUUGUUUCUGAUGGGAGAGAACCUUCGUAAAUCAGUCGCCUUCAGAAUGUAAAAUGUUCCAGGUACAAUGCAGAAGGGCCAUCUGAAUGGGAGAGGCCCCCAGCAAAGCAAGAACCGAUGAAAGAACCAGCACCAAAUAGAUUGGAAGCUGACAUUGCUUCAGGAUGUGCAUUUUGUACUGUGUUUUAAAGGUAACUAACACAACAGUGUUCUGCAUUGUAAACAAGAAAACAAGGUAGCCCUGGAGCAGAUUUAUUUGCCAGCUUCUGUUAGGACCCCAAAGCACACCACUAGUGGCAGUUACUAGCAGUGGCUUUCCAUGGUUUCAGCUUGGAGCCUUUCCUAGCUGGGGACAUUUGGAAUUGAACUGGAGGCAUCCUGCUUGCAUGCCACAGGCUGCACCAUUGAACUGUGACCAGCCCGAUCAUGACAUGAAGCCUCACCCUGUUUAAAUAAGCAAACUUUUCAUAUGUUGGCAUAAUAAGUUGUCAAGCAAACAAUGGAUGGAAUGUCUUAGGUCUGGUUCAUAAACAUAUGUGCUUUUCUUUCUUUCUCCUUUGUCCUGCAAAAUGAAAAACAUUAUGUUUGAAGGGAUAUGAGGUGGUUCAUCUCUGAGAUUUGACCUGGGAUGGCUUGCCAACAUAUCCAGUUUCCAGAGGGGUAGCUAUAUUAGGUCUUGUAGCAAGAAAAAGGAUGAAUCUUGUAAAAGAUUAACAAGAUUUCUUAUAGCACAUUUAGUUAUGGAUUAGUUAUGGAUUUAUUUCUACCUGUGUAUAUAUUUAAUUGAUAAAUGAAGAUUAAUUCCAUGCAUCUGGUGAUGCCUCUAGUCCAUGAGUUAAGCCAGGGUGGAGAACCUUGACUCCUCAGAUGUUGUUAAACUACAAUCCAUGAGCCUGAACCAAUAAGGCCAAUGGUGAGGAAUGCAGGGAAUUGUAGUUCAGCAACUUCUGGAAGGUGACUGGUUUCCCACUCCUGCUUAUACAGUAAUAAAAUUUUUAGCCUUUCAAUCUGCUGCCUUGUAGAUAUGUUGAGGCUAUAAUUACUAGCAUUUUUAGCCAGCAUUAUGGGUAACAGAUUUUGUGGGAUUGGAGUCUUAGUGUAUUUGAAGAGUACCAGUUUGGGGGGAAACAAAACUGCCAUUAAUGCUUAUCAAUCCUCUCCAACUGCUUAGGAAGGCACUUUGUAAUAGUUGCAGAAUGACAAAUGCGGCUCUUGAUCUAGGCUAAGAAUUGGCUUUAAAAAGCUAUGGGCAGCAUUAUUACAGAAGAGGUCCACUCUGUGUGGAUAAUUCCUCUCUUUAAUCCAGACUGUCAGGACAAACUCUCUGUCCAAGUAUUUAAGAUGCUCGCGUCUUGCCAAGAAGAGGGCUGUCAACCACAAGGAGCCAAGGAAAGCAACUGUUUAUAGAUCCCCAAAUCUAAAUCAGAGUAUCUACAGAGGAACAGAGAAGAUGGACAUAAGUGAAACCAUAAGGAGCAAAAGGAUAUAAUCUAUAGAAGCAAGUGGAAGACAGCGAGAGACUGAGAGCAUUGAACAAAAGAGGGCCAAAGCUUCUAGCAAAGAUGGUUGGCAGUGGCAUUAGGCUAAGGCAAGGAAGAAGAUGCAAAGCUGGGUUACAGAGCUACAUCUAUCUGACUUGCAAAAGGAUCAUCUGGAGAUUGGGUAGGUAUUGUUUUGUAAGGAGAGGCCCAAGUCAAGGCAAAUCAGAAAGUGAAUCAUAACUCGGGCCCCUAAUGCUAGGAAUCUUUAAGACAUAAAUGCAAGAAUUUGAUAUAGCAAGGAGAAAGUUACGCUCAAGUUCUUGUUAUCCUGUAUCUCCACGUGCAGGAUUUUUUUGCUCUCUCUGAUACGGAACAGCUUUUCAUUAUGUGGGCUCCCCCUACCUGCAAGAAUAAUGUGGUGCAGCCCAAACAUGGCUUUUUAGAUCAACUUCAGCUUGAUGUUUUCUACAUGGGUUGGAUUACUACUUGCAUUAUCCCAUUAUGCUGGCAAUGGAUGAGAAUUGUAGCCCAACAUGUGAUGAAAACAAAGGAUAUUUCUUUCAAAUAUAACUCUUCAAAUAAUGCUGUGUCUAUCUUAAAGUGGGUGCAUUUCAUAAAAGGGGGUAUCCUUGAACAGCACUUUUUAUGCUCCUGCCCACAUUUUGCCCCUAUCUUUGGGUCUUCCACAUUGCCAGAACCGAGUUGUUGACCUCUUGAAAAUCAGCAACAGAUUUUCUGCCAUUUAUUUAUUUAAUACAUAAAUAAAUAUGGCUGUUUAUGCCUUUAUCUUAAAACAUAUUUAAAGUUUCCAAAAUAUGCCUGCCAAACCAAAAUAUACCCAAACGUCAAGGUUUCACCCAGUUGUUGUUAUGGACUUGGUGUCAUCUGCCACACCAUAACCCAGCGCAGCUUCUGGUCUGCAAAAGGUGGCUUGUCCUGUCACAUAAUGUAGAGAUGCAUCAGAUGUACUGUGAUGUUUGUAUGCUUCAGCUACCCUUUGUGGAUCAUCAGGCUGUCACAACUUUAGUGAUAACCAUUAGGAAUAACUCUGCUGUAGAUAAUUUAUUGCUGGAUGAGAUUCUGGGCAAGAUUUUGCAGGGGAAAGAUCUUUCGGAAAUAAAUCCUGUCAGAAGUUC